UUAAAAGAACUUUCACUAUUUCAACGCUGCUCAACCCACUCGAGCCGCCCUCUCCGCCUUCCACGCACCGCCGCGGCCCGUGGACGCUCCACCGCGGCCCUCCGACGCUCCGCCCUGGCCCUUCGACGCUCCGGCGUACGUUUGGGGCUGUGAUAGAUCAUGGCGAGUACGAAAGGGGUUGCGAACUUUAGGAACUCGACAUCUAGUGGAAAACAGUCUUUCCUUCCCCCAAAAAGCCCCUUUCCGACCAUGCCUGUGCCUUAUGCUGACUAUGGGACCAUAGGAACAAAGGGCAUCCCGAAACUGAGAGAAGGGAACAGACACCACCAGCGCACUUCGUCUGAGAGCUUUCUCAUUGAGGAGCAGCCAUCCUGGCUCGAUGAUCUGCUUAAUGAGCCAGAGAUGCCUGUGAAGAGGGGAGCUCAUCGCCGCUCGACAAGUGACUCUUUUGCAUACUUGGAUGGAGCUAAUAUUUAUGCUAACAUGGAAACCUUGGUUCAGGAGGAGGGCAGGCAGCGGGGCAUCUCCUCACAACCUUCAUGGGGAGUUCAGGACUUUGAUCGCCUUAAAGAUGUGCAGCAUUCUCCUUAUUAUACUGAGUCGAAUUCAUUUGGGAAACCUCAGAAUAGAGGAUGGGAGGCCUUGAACAUGGUUAACUGCACCAGUGGUGGUCCAUUGGCAAAGGACAAGAUGGUGCAUCCAGGAUCAACAUGUGUUCCGAUGGAAGCUGAUGCAGCAACAUCUUAUGUUACUGAGAAGGAGCAAGAGCGAUCUCCCCAAGAUUCAAAAGGUACAUCUGAAAGAAAAGAAGGCUCUCAUGUUAAGCAGUCUGAUGCGGACCCAAAACGAGUUAAACAGCAAUUUGCUCAGCGCUCUCGUGUUCGGAAACUUCAGUACAUUGCUGAGCUAGAGAGAAAUGUUCAAGCCUUGCAGGCAGAAGGAAUGGAAGUUUCAGCUGAACUGGAAUUUCUGGACAAGCAGAAUCUUAUAUUGAACUUGGAGAACAAAACCUUGAAGCAAAGAUUGGACAGUCUGGCUCAGGAGCAUCUUAUAAAAUGCCUUCAGCAGGAGAUGUUAGAGCGAGAAAUUGCCCGGCUUCGAUCAUCAUAUCAACAGCAGCAGCAGCAACUGCAACAACCACCUGCUCCUGCCCAUAGUCGCAGUAGCAGUAGAGAUCUUGAGUCACAGUUAGCCAAUCUCUCUUUGAAACACAAAGAACCGAAUUCUGGGCGGGAUCCAGUCACAGGUCCUCUCCAUAUUUGAUGUUUCACUUCCACAAGCCACCUGUAUGUGGCUUCUAGAUAUUGUGUUUCAUCUCCUCAUCCCACCGGUGUGUGGCCUCGAGACAUUGCAUCAAGAAGGGAGCUGGAAACUUAGAAUUGCAUCCAAGGUGAAUAACAUCAGAAGGUUAAUGACUUAAGUGGCUGAUCUUUGUUUCUUUUUCUUGUUUCAAUAUGCGCAUCUGGCGGUCAUCUUCAGCUUUUGUCCAUUUGUUGAUGCUCGACCCAUCAGAGGUGUAAAGUUUUUCUUGUAAUGUUAUGCUUUUGCCACAUCCCUUUAUUCUCAUGACCUAUAUGUUCUUAAUUAAUUCCUUUGGUCUUGUUUUCGAUCAGAUACUUUCUUUGAAGCUCAUUCGACAUCUGGAUCCUUUUGAUGCCAUGGAUGUUAUGUGGAUGUUGAUGUAGUAUCUGAAGGGUGCAUCCGCAACCUUGAUAUCCUGUAUGUUGUAUUACUGUUCAAACUAUUAUGGCCAACACCAGUUGAUGGUUUUUGUCAUUUGUAGUUAGUGCCAUUGUUAAUGUUGCUUGCUAGAUGUUCGUAAAAGGCUCAGCCCUGGACGGUUUAAAGAUUGCUGGUAAAUUUCUCACAGUUCUGGUAGUGUUGCUAUGCUGCAUCACUGUACCAUAAUCAAACGAUCAUAUGUGGCAAAAUUCUUCCCAAAGGAUUUUCAAGUGAUGGUCAUGAACUUGAUUUAAUGUAACAUUCUGGUCACUCAUAGGUAAGUUGACUGGGUGAGUUCAUCCAUGACCACCACUUGAAUUAAAAUUGGUGGUUGAUUGUUUCAUAACCCAGAUUAUUUUGCCUACCAAAGUGAUUAUAUACUUGGUUUCGAAUGAAAUGUAACUAAAAGACCAGUACUCUGCAUUGGAAUGUAAUCAGAUGUUUAUCAAUGGAAAAUACAAAUUUAUGUUUGUAUGAA